AUGAUUGGAACGUCAACUUUACUAUCUAUUUAUACAUGGUCUUUACUGUUACAAGUAUGUAUGACCGAAAAGGUACCCGAAAAGGAUCAUAACUCAAAACAAUAUUUUACAAUAGAAUCUAAUCUCACACGAGAAGAAUUACAAACAUUACAUCCUUCGUGGACAUUUGAGCAUGAUGUACGUGGUCUAUUGAACCAUUAUGUCUUCUCCAGUACAUUACACAUAUUAAAUAAACGAUUCGAUCAUAGUGAUUUACCUGGAGUUAUAUCAUUUGAAGAUUUACCAUCUCAAAAAAAUACUUUGUUUAAAAGAUUACCUGUCCCAGAUGUACCGAUGGAUUCCAGUAUGUUACCAAUAAAAGAAGCUGAAGAAAAAUUGAAAAUUAAUGAUCCAAAUUUUGAAAAACAAUGGCAUUUAAUAAAUCCUGCAUUCCCAGGGAAUGAUAUAAAUGUAAAGCAGUUAUGGUAUGAUAAUAUUACAGGGAAUGGAGUUGUUGCAGCCAUCGUAGAUGAUGGUCUAGAUUAUGAAAACCCUGAUUUGAAAGAUAAUUUUUGUGUAGAAGGUUCUUGGGAUUUCAAUGAUAAUACAAAUUUACCAAAACCUAAACUAAAGGAUGAUUACCAUGGUACUAGAUGUGCAGGUGAAAUUGCCGGAGUGAAAAAUAAUGGAUUUUGUGGUAUUGGCGCUGCGUAUAACGCAAAAGUAUCAGGUUUGAGAAUCUUAUCUGGUGACUUAACAGCUGAAGAUGAAGCAGCCUCUUUGAUGUAUGCUUUAGAUAUAAAUGAUAUAUAUUCAUGUUCAUGGGGACCUGCUGAUGAUGGUACUCAUUUACAGGGACCAUCAGAUUUAGUGAAAAAGGCCUUUAUUAAAGGUACCAAUGAUGGUAGAGAUAAGAAAGGUGCCAUAUAUGUCUUCGCCAGUGGGAAUGGUGGUGCAUUUGGUGAUAAUUGUAACUAUGAUGGUUACACAAACUCAAUAUAUUCUAUCACAGUGGGCGCCAUCGAUCAUAAAGGUCUACAUCCGCCAUAUUCGGAGAGUUGUUCUGCAGUUCUAGUAGUAACAUAUUCAUCUGGUUCAGGUGAAUAUAUUCAUUCGACUGAUAUUGGUGAUAAAUGUAGUGAUCAUCAUGGUGGCACUUCUGCUGCUGCACCAUUGGCUGCUGGUAUAUAUGCUUUGUUACUAGAAGCCAACCCUAAUUUGACAUGGAGAGAUGUUCAAUAUUUAUCAAUCUUAUCUUCAAAAGAAGUAAUGAAUAGCGACGGUAACGGACAAAUGGGGGCAUUGAACAAGAUGUAUUCUCACCGUUAUGGUUAUGGUAAAAUCGACGCAUUCGAAUUGAUAUCAUUGGCCAAAGAAUGGAACAAUGUUAACCCACAAGCAUGGUUUUAUCCACCAACCAAAUAUUCUAAUCAAUGGACAAAUACUAGUGCUGAAGAUUUAGAGUCGACAAUUAUAGUCACAAAAAAAAAUCUAAAAGCAGCAAAUUUGAACUCUGUUGAACAUAUUGUUGUCACAGUUGACAUAGCAGCAGAUAUUAGAGGUAAAGUAGUUAUUGAUUUAGUCUCACCAUUUGGUAUGGUAUCGAACUUGGGUGUCGAAAGAGAAAGAGAUAAUUCCGGUGAAGGUUUCCCACACUGGUCCUUUAUGUCCGUAGCUCAUUGGGGUGAAUCUGGUGUUGGUGAUUGGAAAUUACAAGUCCGUUCUUUACAAGAUGGUAAUAGUGUCAAAGUCAAUAGUUGGAGAUUAAAAUUAUAUGGUGAAUCUAUUGAUCCUUCAAAGAGUAAAAUUUUUGAGUUUGGUAAUGAUAGAGAGGCAUUAGAUGAUAGUUCAUUAACAGGGAAACCAUCGGAAACUACAGAACCCACAGAUCCUACACCUGAAUCGGAAACAGCAAAACCUUCUCCAACUACAUCAGACGAUAAUUCAGAUAUGGAUGAGACAUUAGAUCAUAAUAAACCAAAACGUAUAUCCUCGCCAAGAGAUGCAAUGCAUUACUUCAUUUCAGUGUUCAUUAUUGGUGUUGUUUUCUUACUUUUAUAUUUUUCUUUUUUUGUUAAAUCAAGAAGAAGAAUAAGAAGAAGCAGAGCUGAAACGUAUGAAUUUGAUAUUAUUGACACAGAUUCCGAAUAUGAUUCUACAUUGGACCCUGCUAAUAUUUCAGCUAAUAGAGCUGUUGAGACAGAUGAACUAGAAGAUUUUGAUUUUGAUUUAUCUGAUGAAGAUAACUUAGUUAAUCAAGACGGUCAGGAAACGACAGGCGACGAAAUCUUACCUAAUAGUAAUAACAUGGACACGAGCAUUGAUAAGAUCCUUGAAACAAACCCAUUUGAAGAAGUUGACGAUUUUGAGGAUAAGAAUGAAGGACAUGUACCAAAUGAUGAUAAUACAGAAACACCUCCAUCUACUAAAGAAAACUAG